GAAUGCCAGCAUUAUACGCGUUGGAUCCAUUCGACGCAUGCCUACUGGAGCCGGACGGGACUUACUGCUUGGUCGACGCUGAUCUACAUGCUGAUGGGAAAUCAGAUCUCAUGAGGAUGAUACGGGGUUAUUCAGAGCACACAAUAAAACACUUCAAUCACACACAGAUACACAGAGGACUGUGUGUUACAAAGACAUGUAAAGAUUUCAUCCACAAUAGAAGGCUAAAUGAAACAGCGGACCUAGAGGUGAUCCUUGAGGCAUGCCUGAACAGUUCUAUAUGGAGGGACUACAAAUUACACGCCACAGUGAAUAGAAUACAGUAUUGUAACCGGGAAGGUGAUGAAGAAGAGCUGGAUAUGAGUGACUAUGUGGUAGCAGCGGUGUAUCUACUGUUGAUUGUGUGCAAUGUAGGCGGAAGCCUCUACGAUGUCUACUUAUGCGAAUUAGACGGCAAAGGAAAUCCUUUUUUGCUGGCGUUCUCAGUACGUCGCAACUGGCGGAAACUGACAGCGCCCGGAGGCGUCGGGCCGGACCCGAGGCUCAACCGUCUCAAACUCUUCAAUGGCUUGAGAACCAUGACGAUAGUAUGCGUGUUUUUCUCACACAGCGUGUUGAUCAUGUCAUAUUCCUACGUGGACAACCCACUUUACAUUGAAAAGUCGUACGAAGACCCAUUCAAGCAGAUCCUCUUCAACGGCAGCCUCGUCACCCACACUUUCUUCGUGAUGUCCAGCUUCCUUCUCGCCUACAAUCUUCAGAUCCACACGGAGCGUCACUCCUUAUCUUGGAGCCAGUGGCCCAAAGGCGUGCUGCUGCGGUGGCUGAGGCUAACUCCUACAUACGCACUAGUGCUGGCCACGAUUUCCACAUGGAUGCGUCGGUUGGGCAGCGGGCCUCUGUGGGGCCUGGUGGUGGGGGCGGAGGCCGAGGCCUGUCGACAGUACUGGUGGGCGCACGUGCUGUACAUCAACAACUAUGUGUAUGGGGAUGCGCAUUGCGCUCCGCAAGCUUGGUAUUUGGCAGCGGACACGCAGCUGUUCUGCCUAGGCCUGCUCAUCUGUGUGGUGUUCCGGAGCGCUCGGCGGCGCGCGGCGGCUCUCAUCUCCAUGCUGCUGCUCUCACUGCUGAUUACUGCAGCUCACACCUAUUGGCAGGAUCUUGAUGCUGUUGUCAUUCAGUCGCCUGAAAAAUACCGCAAUCUCUACGCAACCGACGACACCUUCCGCCUCCUCUAUAUCCGGGGCCACACGAACCUGUCGACCUACACAUUGGGGCUGGCUGGUGGUUUCCUGACCUACUACUGGCAGCAGGAGGGGAAGGACAUGAGCAGAUUUAAGAAAUUCAGAUGGAUCGUGUGGCUGCUAUUCCCCAUAGCCGUGGGUGUGAUCCUGUCUGGAGGUCUGUUCUAUCCGGACGGUCCCCGAGCGUCGGUGGCGCUCCGCGUGUUGUACGCGGCCCUGUACAAACCGGUCUUCCAGACAUGUGUGGUGCUGUUUAUCAUUAGUUGCGUCUUUAAGCUAGAAGGUGUGUACCGCGGCAUAGUGGAGUGGCGUGGAUGGGCGUGGAGCGGGCGAGUCUCAUACGGAGCUUUCUUGCUACAUACCUUAUUCCAACGUGGUCUCGUCGGUGCUGUCACUGCCCCUGUGCAUAUGACAGAUUACUAUGUGUUGACGGUGCUGAGCGCAAGCAUUUUCCUCUCGUUCCUUGGAGCUGGAAUCUUCUGGGUCUGCGUGGAGGCCCCUGUCGCCGCCAUCACCAAGGCUGCCCUGACCCCCGAUAGGAAAGCUUAAAAGCUAUACACCAUAUUUGAGUCUGUUCGGAAAGAGAAGAGUGGCAUAGCGAAUUUGAAAUAGAGAGUUCCAUCGCUCGAAAAGAUACCAUACCUUUGGCCUAUAGUCGAGUAGAUUGCGGUUAUAUUAAUAUUUAAUAAGUUGACACGUAUAAGUGAAAGAAUAAGGAUCAAAGUCAAAUGGCGUUCUAACAGUUUUAUUUUUGUAUCUUAUUGACAUGUACGUCUACACCGUAUUAAACAAAAAAAAAUGUUCUGUCGAAAGAUGGCAGUAAAUUUACAGUGGCUACAUGAUUUUCUUUGACAAUCCGUUUUUCCGAACAGGCUAAGCGUUUAGCUAACAUCUUCUUGACGUUCUUUGGAAUCUUUGGAGCUGGAAACCUGUGGGUGUGCGUGGAGGCUCCUAUCGCCGCCAUCACCAAGGCUGCCCUAACACCCGACAGAAAACAAAAACGCUUGUCCGAUGGAUUAGUGGCUAUUAAGUGUUCAUUUGUUUUAUGCUAGGGAGUACCGGUGUGGCUGAUGUCACGUGGUUUUAUUGCUCAAUAUAGACUUAGUUUUGAUUUUAUCGAUGUACCUGAGUUUUUCUCGUUUGAACAAUCUGGGUUGAUUAAAGUAUUGUAUAAUGUAAAAUUGAAGGGAUGUUUACAAAAAGAACAUAACUGCUUAGAGCGGUUAACACUUUUUUAAGAACAUGGUUAAUCGUUUCAGGUGUCAACCAGUGUAGUCAGUUAUGUUGUUUUUGUAAACAUCCCUUCAAUUGUAAAUGUACCAAGUAUUGAAAAUUUUUGUGAAGAUUACAAUUUAGAGAAUGGAGAGUACAAGUAGCAACACUCUUAACUGUCCAUCGGUGGACGUUAUGUCGGUGGGCGAUGGUACUGAGGGGUAUUUUAAAUAUUAGUAUAGGUACUAUUUUUUAUCUCAAUACGCCUAUUUGAUACAUAUACUUAUACAUAGAUCUCGCAACUUAAGGUGAACACGAAUGUAUGAUGAAUGGAUGGGAAUUUAAUCUCAUAAAAUUUUAGUAAUAAGAGUGAUUAGUUUUUAAGAUUACUUAGUAAAGAAAAUGAUACUUGAAUAAUGAAUAAUUGAGCAAAAUAGCUAGAAACGGAGAUUUUUAGUAAAGUUGUCUAAUAAAAACUAAUAUAGGUACCUAUAUCAAAA